AGUCAGAAUUUUUAACUCAGUCUUUGAUCUAUAACCGGCUAGAAUGCGAGGAUUUUACACUAUUUUACUCUUUUACACAUUUGCCUGCUGCACCAAGGGAAAAAAGACCCGUUGGUGCACAGUGUCAGAUCCCGAGCAGAAGAAAUGUGCAGAACUCGCAAAAGCUCUGGUGGCGGUGCUGCCUCCAGCUGCUGUGGCAGCCUUUGCCAGACUCUCGUGCAUCCGAGCUUCCAGCACGACCGACUGCAUCGAAAGGAUCAGGGCAAACCGCGCUGACAUCGUGACAUUAGACGCAGGAGAAGUUUAUUCUGCUGUGAGGCAGUUUGGUCUCGUCGCUGUCGCCAAGGAGAUAUACAGUGACGGAGGCUGUAUUCUGUCUGUGGCUGUGGUGAGAAACAGCAGCAUAGACGUACGAUCCCUGCAGGGCCUCAGGAGUUGUCACAGUGGAGUGCGAUGGACAGCUGGGUGGAGUCUUCCUCUGGGCUUCCUGCUGUCCCGGAACUACCUGAGCUGGUCCAAAGAGCACCCGCUCAGUCAGGAUGUCAGUACCUUCUUCAAUGCCAGCUGUGUUCCUGGAGCCACUGCCAUGGCUCCACGUCUGUGUGCUCUGUGCCAGGGCCAGAAGUCUUACAUUCGCCAGAAGAAUUACCACUGUGAAACGUCCCACAGUGAGCCUUUCUACAACAGCCAAGGGGCCCUCAGGUGUCUCAGGAGCGGGACAGGAGAUGUGGCAUUUGUGGACCAUUUAGCCCUCGAGAGCAUCGAAGGGAGUGAGAGCGAUGAGUUCCGAUUACUGUGUGCUGAUGGCACACAGGCUCCUCUCAGCCAGUACAGGAGCUGUAACCUUGGACGCGGUCCAGGAGGAGGCGUCGUCACCAGAGUCAACUUUCGCAAAGUUGCUCGCAAAUUUAUUACAACCGCUCAGACGCUGUUUGGUCAGCGAGGGAGAGAGAGGCACCGCUUCCAACUCUUUAACUCGUCCACUUUCGGGGAAAAUGAUCUUCUCUUCAAAGAUGUGACGGAUAAAUUAUCCGUUCUGUCAGACGACAUGGACGUCAGUCAGGUGCUGGGUCUGGAUUAUGUGGCUCUCCUCAAAGGUCUUGGACAUGAAGGAAGCUCACUGGAGGACAGUGUUGUGCGAUGGUGCUGCAUCAGCCACGCAGAGCAGAAGAAAUGUGAAGAGUGGGCUCUGAGCAUCAAGUCAGACCCGCUGGUGUGCGUCGGAGCCGCUUCCAUGCGUGAGUGUAUCGAGAAAAUUAAGAGGGAUGAGGUGGACGCGGCUUCACUGGAUGCGACACACUCAUUCAUCGCUGGGAAGUGUGGUCUCGUCCCUGUAGUGACAGAAUAUUAUGGUAGAAAAUGUGCGCUUGCUGAAGGAUCAGCUCCCUUGGAGGCAGACAGUAAAAGCAUCAAAAUGACUCACACUCACAGGGAUUUUGGAAGUGUUUAUGUUGAAGAACUGCCGUGUCUCUUCUCCUCAGUGUUGCCGUCUGUGGUGGGUGUAGCUGUGGCAAAGCGCUCCAGCAGAAGUAUAUUCAUGGGGAACCUGGGAGGGCGUCGGUCGUGCCAGGGUCACAUGUACAGCCCCGCAGGCUGGAUGCUGCCGUACACACACACGUUAAGCCUGGAGCACAACAGCAGCUUUUGUGACCCAGACCAAGCGUACAACCAGGUGUUUUGGAAAGGCUGUCUUCCCGGCUCUCAGGGGAAUCUAUGCAAAGUGUGUAUGGGAGGCACCGGAGAGGCUGCGACCAAACGCUGCGCUGACAACCACAAUGAACGUUUCUACGGCAACAUGGGGGCUUUAAGGUGUUUGGUUGGAGAUCCCAGUGGGAAAAGCCACGGUGAUGUGGCCUUCCUGGAGCAGCACAACCUUCAGGAUAAUAUCCACAGUUUGAGCUCGACAGGUUGGGCAGAGGGUUGGACGCCAUCGGACUUUGAGUUGCUGUGCGGUGACGGCCGUCGGGCCCCACUGUCAGAGUGGGAGAGCUGUCAUCUGGGGGUUAUCCCCCCAAACAUCAUCAUGACAAGGCCGGUGCUCACAGCACGAGUGUACGACUUCCUCAUGAAGUCACAGGAAACUUUGGCAGCCAAGUCCGAUUCAGAGUUCAAGCUCUUUGAGUCUCAACAAUACGGACAAAGUGAUCUGUUGUUUAAAGAUGCAACACAGUGUUUUGUCCACACGAGCCACAUGGACUACCGCUCCAUCCUUGGAGAGGAGUUUUACACUCGUGCAGACGCUGUCUUCAACUGCACUCACUCUGAUAUCCUGGAGUUUUGCGGUCAGGAUGUGUGCAGCAUAUUCUAAUGGACAUGGAGAAGAACGCAAACUCUAUUCCGCCUUCUGAUGUUUAAAAAAUAUCUGUUCUAUCAAUAACUAAAGACUGCAAAACACUGCUUUGUCAUGUUUAUGCAGGAAAUUGGAGAAAUCACUGUUCAAGCACAACAACGGUGGGAAGCAAAGGCCCACAGAGAGAGCCUGCAGUGUCACACAGAUUACAGAUUGUAAAUGGUCCAGUGAUAGCACUGUAUUUUGUGUUUUAACUGUUCUUAACUCUAUAAUUUGAAUCCUCAAAGCUAUUUUAUGAUCAGAAAACUGUAUAUUAAAUAAUAUAUUAUUAAUAAAUGUAUGAAAUGGGGUUUUCUUUCUGUUCCUUUUUUUUUCUUCCACAAUUAUGGAUAUGUAUAUGUUGUGUAACUAUACAAGAACAUGUAUAGUUACGACCAUUGCGACCAUGGUGAAAGACACCAUGGUCGAAAUGGUCGCAAGUUCGACUCCACCCCUGGCUGAUUGUACUCAAUUCCAUUGUAAGUCGCUUUGGAUAAAAGCGUUUGCUAAAUGACAUGUAAUGUAAUGUAAUGUAACAUCUGAAAACAGAUAAUGCUGAAUUUCAUUAAUUUACUCUAUGGAUUUGUCAACACAUUUACACCAACAAAAGACUGGCUUUAUAAUACAAAUAAGUAGAGAU